AUGGCGGCGAUGCUUGUCGUCUGGUUCUACCCUGUCUCGGUCAGCCUGUUCCGCCGAUGGAAUCAAGUCCGUGUCGUCGACCACAGAAGCUCUCUCGCUCCGUUCGGGGAAGUCUUCCUGAAGAUCCUGGCCACCCUCUUGCGCCUGCAGCCUGCCUCGCCGCUCGACAAAGACCUCCUUGAGCCGUUCGGCCACAACCGGGCCCAGAUAAUGGAGUCAGUGGCCAUCGUCCGUCUCUGCCAUCAGGGCUCAGAGGCUGUUUUCGUCAAACCAGUUCGGGCCGUCGUCGUGUCCUUCCUCGUACGCGGGCGGCGGAUCAUUGAUCUCGUCAUCAUCGCUGAUUCCCUCAUCCUCAUAUUCGAUUUGGGAGGGAUUGUCGUUCGAGACACGUAUUGCUCUGAGGGGACGGCGUGGGCGGAGGAGAAGGAAGUCUGGAGUGAGGGCAUCAGUCACCAUCAUCGGAUGGUUGACACUCAUGGCGUUGUUGACGAUAUCCAUCAUGAAGAUGGGCUGGGUUCUUGUCGCGCCAUCUACGCGGAACUCCCGGGUGUUGACAUGACGGGAAAUUCAGCGGAUGUAAGGCAUACGUCUUCGAAGCGUUGA